UCGGUUGAGGGCAAUCCGGAAACAACGCGGAUGAAUAAUACACCGUGUCGGCGGUCACAUGUCGUGCAGCGGGCUCCUGAAUGAUUUAAAGCUUUUGACAUCACCAGCCUCACCCUCACCCUCCCCUCUCCUCCCCCUCCCGCGCUGUCUUUAUCUGAUGCACCGCGCAGCCCAGAGAUGCUGCUGCUGAUGCUGGCGACCGACUGCAGCAUCCGACAUGGGCAUCCUUUAAUCCGGCCGUGCCACAUUGUGAUGACGUGCUGUCCGUGGUGCUGAAAACAGUCAAACUGCUAUUACGCUCAUACUUGAUGGCCUUGUCAGCGCUCAACAGAUAACUUUCUCUCUGACCAUGUGGGGAACAACUAAGAUGGCAUUCCACUAAACCAGGAAAAGAGACAAGAGGUUGCAGAAUACGGAGGCACAGGCAGCAACCCAAAAUCUGAUCUGAUCUGGAAUCUACCAUCAUUCGGAUAAGGAAUAACUCUUCUUCCACAGUACAUGAUUGUUUUCAAAAGGAAACAGUAAAAGUACAAAAGAAAACUAUCAAAGAGGGAACCUCCCACUCUUCCUUUUGAAAAUCUUCCCUUUUGACUCUGACCCUUGAGCUUUAGCUUUCAGCAUGACCAGUCUGGUAGGGAAGCUAGACCCUCGGAGGGUACAAUGGCGCUCUACAUUGAACACCUUUACGUCCCGUGUCCUGAGGACCAAACCUGUGGAGUCCAUGUUGGAUUCGGCCAUGACAGGCACCAGCUCCCAUGGGACCAGACUGGCCCGGGUCUUAUCCACAGUGGACCUGGUGUCGCUGGGCGUCGGCAGCUGUGUCGGGACAGGGAUGUAUGUGGUCUCGGGGCUGGUUGCCAAGGAGAUGGCCGGUCCGGGCGUCAUUGUGUCCUUCAUUAUCGCCGCUGUGGCCUCCAUUCUGUCAGGAGUGUGUUAUGCAGAGUUUGGCGUGCGGGUGCCUAAGACCACAGGUUCGGCCUACACGUACAGCUACGUGACUGUGGGCGAGUGCGUGGCGUUUUUCAUUGGCUGGAACUUGAUUCUGGAGUAUCUGAUCGGUACAGCAGCGGGGGCGUCGGCUCUCAGCAGCAUGGCGGACUCACUGGCCAAUCACAGCAUCAGCAACUUUAUGAUUACACACAUCGGAACGCUCAGGGGCUUGGGUAAAGGGGAGCAGUCGUACCCAGACCUGCUGGCGCUGCUGAUAGCACUGCUGGUGACAGUGAUAGUUGCUUUGGGAGUGAAGAACUCUGUGGGCUUCAACAACGUGCUAAACGUCAUCAACCUCAUAGUGUGGGUGUUCAUGAUGAUCGCCGGGCUCUUCUUCGUCAACGGAGAAAACUGGGACGAGGGGAGAUUCCUGCCCUUUGGCUGGUCGGGGGUGAUGCAGGGUGCAGCGACCUGUUUUUAUGCCUUCAUUGGAUUUGACAUCAUCGCUACAACAGGAGAGGAGGCCAAGAGUCCCAACACCUCCAUCCCCUAUGCCAUCACUGCCUCACUCAUCACCUGCCUCACUGCCUACGUCUCUGUUUCUGUGAUCCUGACUCUGAUGGUGCCGUAUAAUGAGAUUGACGCUGACGCCCCGCUCAUGGAGAUGUUUGCCAUGCAUGGCUGUAUGUUCGCAAAGUAUAUUGUGGCGGUGGGCUCCAUAGCGGGACUCACUGUUUCCCUCCUGGGGUCCCUGUUCCCCAUGCCCAGGGUCAUUUAUGCCAUGGCAGGGGACGGCCUGCUGUUUAAGUUCCUGGCCAAUGUGUCUUCCUACACAGAGACCCCUGCUGUUGCCUGUGUGGUGUCGGGCUUUCUAGCUGCCCUGCUGUCCCUCAUGGUCAGCCUCAGAGACCUCAUAGAGAUGAUGUCCAUAGGAACCCUGCUGGCCUACACCCUGGUAAGCCUCUGUGUACUCCUGUUGCGUUACCAACCUGAAAGCGACAUCCACGGCUUUGUGAACUUCCUGUCCGAGGAGCAGAACAACAAGCGAAAGGAGGGCGUUCUGGCCGAGUGUGAGAAAGAAGCCUGUUCACCAACCAGCGAAGCGGAUGAGUAUGGCGGUCCAGCCACAAACACCUGUGGAGCCAAAAACCUGCCGUCACUGGGUGACAAUGAGAUGCUGAUAGGCAAACCAGAUAAAACCACCUACACUGCCAGCCACCCAAACUAUGGCACAGUGGAUAUGACUACUGGCAUCGAAGCAGAAGAGUCAGAGGGUGGGUUAUCCCGGCGAUUGAAGAAGCUCAUUGGACCGCGCUACUACACCUUGAGGAUCCGAUUGGGCCUCCCGGGAAAGAUGGACAGGCCUACUCCAGCCACAGGGAAAACUGUUACUGUGUGUGUGCUGCUUCUCUUCAUUUCCAUCUUCGCUUUCUGCUCCUUCAUCAUUUUUGGUGCGAGCAGUAUUGGGGAGGGUCACUGGUGGGCUUUGCUGCUAUUAGUCUUCUUCAUCAUCUUCCUUGCCCUGCUCGUCAUCAUCAUCCUCCAGCAGCCAGAGAACCCUAAGCGGCUGCCCUACAUGGCACCUUGUGUGCCCUUUGUACCUGCUUCAGCCAUGCUGGUCAACAUCUACCUCAUGCUUAAACUGUCUGCCAUCACCUGGAUACGAUUUUCAAUCUGGUGCAUCGUGGGUGUGCUCAUCUACUUUGGCUAUGGCAUGUGGCAUAGUACGCUGGAGAUCACGGCCAGAGAGAACGAGGUUCACGCCUCUACCUACCAGCGCUACGAUCAAGGCGUGGACGAAGGCUUCUGCGGCUUCGACGACGAUUUCUACCCGCCUACUACUGACCCCUGGGGUGCGCCGGAGGCGGGAUCAGGGCUCACCCCACCCCCUGAGGUGAAACCCGAAAGUGACGGGACACCAUCUAAAGGUGGCGGCAGUAAAAUUGCCAAUCACGGCCUCGCGGAGGAGGAUCCGAUGGAUUUCUGAAGGGACUGACUCUGUGUUACCCUGAAUGUACUGCCUUGUCUGCUGCCUAGGGAAAGGGAGGGGGAACAGGUGUGUUUGUGUGUGUUUGUGUGUGUGUGUGUGUGUGUGUGUGUCUAACCCUUGGGCUAGAUAGUUUCUUGGCCGUGAAACGGCUUUUCAUUCACCUUACUCUGCCGUGCUUGGCUCCUCAGCUCACACAGCAAAUGAGGACGUCAGGGUCAAGUGUCUUGUCACAGUCACUUGUUAUUCACUUAUUGGAGUCCACAUCCCACACAAACAGAUAGAAAAGUGCGGACGUAGCAGGAGAUAAAAUACGAUGUGGUUCAUUGCACUGUGAACGAUGAAACAUUGUUUAUUGAGCAAUCCGUGAACUGUAUAUCUAAGAAUUUACGGGAUAUAGGAGAGAAGAAGGUGAUGAGUAUAGGACAGAUGGAUCAGCACCUCACUUCCUGUUUCAACACAGAAAAGGACAGGAAAGUUAGAUGACAGCAUGCCAAGCUUAAGCUAUUUCCCAUGUACAGGUCUGAAAAGCUCAUUUUCUUUUCAACAGACAGGAAAACUGCUACAUGUGCUCUUAAAAAAAACUGAAAAAAAUUGCUUAAAAAUCAAAAACUGCUUUGUCUUUAAACAUUUCCCCUGACCCCCUAGCAUCUAGCCCAAGGGAUUAAGGACUGGGUUGGGAAGAGGGUGUUGAUGUUUUCUGUCACAAAUAGUACUUGGACUUUGCUUGCAAUAGUGCCUUCAUCUAACUGUAUGUGUAUGUGAGUUUCUGAUUGUCUGUUUUCUACUUUAAUUUUGCCUGUGUAUGAGGGUAUAUGUAUAAUCAAACUCCACCUUUUACAUCAAUGUCUGUGUGUGUGUGUGUGUGUGUGUGUGUGUGUGUGUGUGUGUGUGUGUGUGUGUGUGUGUGUGUGUGUGUGUGUAUAUAAAGUGUGUUCUUGGGGUUGUUUUACUGUGUAUUUGUAGGUAUUUGUUUCGUUUUGUCCUUCCCACUCUUUGCCCCAGCAUGACACUCAAAAUCAAUCCGCCCGCAACAAAGUAGCUCAUCUGUAUACCUAAAAAGAGGAGAGAGAGAGAAGAGGGUGCAACAGAGAGAAAGAGAGAACAGGUUGAAUCCUACUUGACAACCGGCUUGGUUUAUUGUGAUAAAUAUCAUAGUUUCUGUGUGCUUGUCUCUCCGUUGAUGCAGUUCUCGCUGUUUACCAUGCUUGGGGAAGGAAUUAAUUUUCAGUUCAUUCAAUUCAAGACAUGGAUUUUCUGCAAAGUUUACAUCUUUUCUCCUAGAGAAGAAGAGGGUAUUUCAGUUUUUGUCUGAGUCGAGGGGAAGGUCCAAAUGAAGUAUUAAUGAUGCUCUGGAUGUCUGUGGGUUUCAACCUCCCUCACCACACCAAUCAUUUCCGUACAGUCCCAACUGAGAAGGACUGCAUUGUAAAUGAGUUUUACUUGUACAUUGAGUGAACUGAAAUACAAUACCUCCUCUUCCAUCUCUCUCCCUUUCUUCUUCCCUCCAUCCCUUUUAACUAUUAUCCUUCUUUCGUCUCCACAUUUUUGUAUCCUCUACUUCCGCCACUCCUUUGCUCUUCCAGCACAACUCUUCCGUCAUCUAUUCAUCACAUCACCCCACUCUUGAUAUUCACCUGGCCAUGUCAGCAGGGAGUUCCCACUCUACUGUGAGUCACAAGUGAUAAUGCCGGGAUUGGUUUUCAGUCAGGGUUUGAAACAGCAAUCUGUUCAUGGCCUGACAAUACAUUAGCUCCUGUUUCACCUCAGGGUGUCUGCUAUCUCUCUUCAUAUUGGUCACCAGAGCAUUUACUCUGCUCCCUGUGGUUCUGCUCCAACCCCAGCCCAAACUAGUCUUAGUGAAUCCUCCCUGUUGCCCCUACCUCUUCAUGUAGCUAGUGUUGAAGUCCCACUCUUUACAUGUUAUCGACACUGUUGCUGCAGCACGAAGAGAUAUUGUGAGAAUCAAUCAAAUCAAAUUAUGGUCCCGUAGAGCUCAGUGUGUAGGACAUGUAAGCUGAUGCUGCCAGGGUUAGGGGUUUGAUUCUAUAUUAUUAAGAAUGUAUGUUCUCAUGGUACUGUAAGGAAUUUUGGCACACACCAAAUAGCAUAUUGUUAUGUUAUUAUGAUGAGGGUGGGGGCACUUCUACAAUAGCUGCUGCUGUAUGCCCUGAUUGUCCACCUUGUACAGUACCUUUUCCUCUUGCCCCCUGUUGCUGCAUCUGUCCCUUUCAGGGAAGCCUUAUUUGUCUAAUGCACUAAAUCUAAGUAUGCCACGCUAACCCCCACCCUACCUCUGCUCCUCCCACAUCCAUCCACACUCCAAAAACAAAAUUAAGUAGUAAUAGGCUCUUUGGUGUCGUCCAGUGAAAUGAUUGUGAUACCCGUCCCAAAAAACAGCCCAAUACUCUGAGGAAUUACGCUCGUAUUGGACGAUUCUGCAGCCUGCUAAUGAUCAGUUCAGUCAGUCAACUCACAUGGAGGAAGGCAGUUUUAUGUGAAUGUAGAAUAUGUUUGGCACAAGGAAACACCAAGCUCAGAGCAGCAGGGGGCCAGAAAGUGAUAAUGAUAACCAAAACCAUAAUUUGAUAUUAACCAUGUUAGUUGCUAUGCGUUGGUGUCGUAGAAAUGGAUAUUUGAAAAUCUUUUGUCAUUGAACAUAAUUAGAGGUUUUGCAGAAUUGUCCAAUAUCAACGUUCUGUCUGGUAACAGGGUUGGAAAAAACAGCACAUCCUAAAACAUUUGCACACUAUAUCUCACACACAUGCAGCCAAAAUACCCUCCCCACCCAGAUCACCCCCUGACUCAGCCAAAAGAAGACAGCCGUUUUGUGUUCAUAUCUCAGCCAAAAACCAGACGGAGAAUUCAGGGGUUGCAAUGCCUCUGACACUGGACUGUACAGUCAACUUACUCUAUUAUCUGCUCUGUGCAUGUAUGCAUACGAGUACGUGAGUGCAUGUACUGUGUGUGUGUGUGUGUGUGUGUGUGUGUGUGUGUGUGUGUGUACAUGUGUGUGUACGUGUGUGUGUACGUGUGUUUGUGGUCUAUGCCUGCGCCUCAAUGUGACCGCCUGGUGAAUGUGUAGCAUGCUCUCAUGCACGAGGUCCAGACUGUAAAUGUUGUACCUGCAUGUGGUGACUGAUCGCUACGAGACAUAAUAGAACACUAAAACCAAACCAAACGCAGGCUUAGUUCUUAUACCUGGGAACGUUGGCUCUGAGAGGAUUAACAGGUGUUUUACAACCGAAUUAGCUUCAAAAACAUUAUUGUUCAGGGUUCUUACCACUGAAUUGAACUGAAAGCAAUUGUAUUCAUUGCAGACUCCUACCAUUUCUAUUCAGAUUCAAACCUUUCCUAUACUUUAAAGCUCAAUAUUAUGUUAAAUGAUUUCUAUGAGCUAAAAGAAGAUUAUUCUCUCCUAUAUUUCUAAGCUUAUACAGUAAUCUCCUCACCCAGGUAUGGGAACCAGGGCUCCGUUUGAAAAAGGAGUAGAACAUGUAGCAAACACACAGGUGUGGGGAUGACUUAUCCUCCGUUAACCACUUACAGUAUGCCUACUUCCUGUAUAUCCCUUUUCUCAACCACAAACUCUGCAAGCCAAAGUCCACAAUGUCUGUUUACUUUUCACGUACAGAAGACCAUAGUUUCUUCAAAGUGAACAAAGAUGCAACCAGAGCUAACCAUUUUUGUUGUGGGGGGGUCUGCUAAUAAGCUACUAAUGUCAGAUUAUCACAAGGAGACUUUUUUUUUUGUCAACAGCGCAAUGAUCAUUUAAAACAAAAGUCCUAUUUGAAGAGUAUUUCAUUUAAAAAGAUUGAAAGUAUUAGUCUAGACGUCAUUGGCUACAGCAGAUCAGUUUGUCCAGCAGUGAAAAAAUACAACAUUGAAGGAGAAAAGUAUUUUUCUACAGCUGUCUCCCAUCCAAAGGUCCUCCUUGGGUAGGUGUGCACAAAAGAGCUGGGUGGAGUUUCACUUUCUGUGGUUUUUCUUUAAUCACAAGAAGGCCUGGGAGAAACUGCUAAAAUAUAUUUUUAACAACUGUAGUCUCUAUGAUAAUGCUCAUUUAUGAACCUUUUUGAAAUGGUUGAUCUAGACGUCAAUAGAACCGUAGGUUUAAAAGUAUAUAGGAGUACUGCAGAAAACAUGCAGAAGCUAUUUUAAUACAAUUCUAUGAAGGGUAAACUACUGUACAAGCAUUAUCAAAUCUUGCAACUAUUGCUUUUAAAGUCAGCUACCAUUUGUUUAUUUUGUCUCGGAGAAGGCGUACCAUGUUCUUCCUGUGCUCGGUGUUCGCUGUGGCCAAGUGUCCAGUCUAUGUGUGUCAGACUUGUUGAGAUUGGCUUCUCUCGCAAACUAGAUAUUCCUUUUCUCUUCUGUAUAUUUUGGCACAAAGCUGUAUAAUGUAGAUGUUAUUUUGUAAUGAUUUCUUCCAUGUGUGUGGUUGUUUUGCUCCUGGGUGCACUGUUUUUGCUGAGUUGUUGAUAUUGCUUCCAUGCAACAUUGAAAGCUAUUUAUUGCAAAUACCAAAAA